GUGAACUUCACUCGAGAAGAGUGGGCUUUGCUGAGUGCUACUCAGAGGAAUCUCUACAAAGAUGUCAUGCUGGAAACCUUCUCGAACUUGGAAUCAGUCGAUAACUGUGUUCAUCCUGAAAUGAGUGGAUCAAAUCCCCAGGAGGACAUUUUUGAGAAUGAAAUCUCUGAUGAGAAAGUAAAAACUUUACUAAGUUAUACUUCCUCCUUUGAUUUGGAUGGAAAAGGGAAACUUCAGGACAUUCAAGAUCAUCCUGUCAUCCAGAAGCAGCAUUCGACGGGACGUGAGAGUGGUCACAGAGAUCAGAAGAGCCCUGUGUGUGAAGUAUGUGGGAAAACUUUUAUGCAUUCCUCAUCUCUUAAACUACAUUUAAGACAACACAGUGGAGAGAAACCCUACGAAUGUAAGGAAUGUGGGAAAUCCUUCAGUUGUUAUUCCUCCCUCCAUGGACAUGAGAAAACACAUGGUGAACAGAAAACUUAUGAAUGUAAGCAAUGUGGCCAGGAGUUCAUCUGUUCCAAAUCAUUUCAAACACAUGCGAAAAUGCACAGUGAAGAGAAACCAAAUGAAUGUAAGCAGUGUGGCAAGGUCUUCGCUUGUCCAAAGUAUUUGCAAAAGCAUGUGAAAAUGCACAAUGCAGAGAAACCUUAUGAAUGUAAAAAAUGUGGGAAGGCCUUCAAGUCUCCCUCAUACCUUGAAAGCCAUAUAAGAUCUCACACUGGUGAGAAACUCUGUGAAUGUAAACAAUGUGGAAAAACAUUCAGUAGGCCUAGCUCUUUACAAGUACAUAUGGAAACACACUGUGAUGAGAAGUCCUAUGAAUGUAAGCAAUGUGGGAAAAUGUUUACAUUUUCCUCUUCCCUGAAACGACACUUACAACGUCAUAGUGAAAAGAAACCUUAUGAAUGUAAAGAAUGUGGGAAAGCAUUCAAGUACCCCUCAUACCUUGAAUGCCAUAUGAGAACUCACACUGGUGAGACACCCCUUGAAUGUAAACAAUGUGGGAAAACAUUCAGUUGGCCCAUCUCCUUAAAAACACAUAUGGAAAAACACUCUGAUAAGAAGUCCUAUAAAUGUAACCAAUGUGGGAAAAUGUUUAUGCAUUCCUACACCCUUAAAGUACACUUAAGACGCCACAGUGGAGAGACACCUUAUGAAUGUAAGGAAUGUGGGAAAGCCUUCAGUUCUCCCGCAGUCUUACGAGAACAUAUAAGAAUGCACACUGGAGAGCCCUAUGGGUGUAAGGAAUGUGGGAAAGUUUUCAGUUCUCCCACAGACUUACAAGAACAUAUAAGAAUGCACACUAGAGAGGCCUAUGAGUGUAAGGAAUGUGGGAAAGCCUUCAGUUCUUCCGCAUACUUUCGAGAACAUAUGAGAGUGCACACUGGAGAGCCCUAUGAGUGUAAGGAAUGUGGGAAAACCUUAUGUUCUCUAGCAUACUUACGAGAGCAUGUGAGAAUCCACACUGGAGAGAAGCCCUAUGAAUGUAAGUACUGUAAGAGAACCUUCACUUUUCACUCAUCGUUUAAAACCCAUGAGAAAAUGCAUACUGGAGAGAAGCCCUAUAAAUGUAAGCAGUGUGGAAAGGCGUUCACUUGUGUCUCUCGCCUUUAUAGACACAAGGAAACACACAGUGAACAGAAACCUUAUGAAUGUAAGCACUGUGGCAAAGGUUUCAGAUGUCCCAAAUACUUUAAGCAACAUGUCAACAUGCACAGUGGAGAAAAACCCUAUGAAUGUAAAGAAUGUGGGAAAGUCUACAGUAUGCCUGCAAACCUUCGGCAACAUAUGAUAACACACAGUGGUAAGAGACCUUAUGAAUGUCAACAAUGUGGGAAAAACUUUAUUUGGCCUACCUCUUUGCGAUUACAUAUGCAAUCACAUCACGCUCUGAUGAGAAACCCUAAGAAUGUACAGAAUGUGGGAAAGCCUACAAGUGUCCCAAAUCCUUUAAACAACAUAUGAAAAAACAUUGUAGAAAAUCUUUAAGGCCACAAGGCAUGUUGAAAAGCCACCUUUCACCCUAAAAGCCUUGUAAAACUCCCUGCACAAAACCUUUUUUAAAAUGUAAAGGUUGUGGCAAGACCUUCAGGUAUUGCUAUUUAUAUAUUGUACCCACAAAAAGUACCUAGAAGUUACUUAGUUGCCUUUAUAGAUACUUCAACCUUCUUAUAAAACACUUCUGUAAUGCCUUUAUAGAUACUUCAACCUUCUUAUAAAACACUUCUGUAAUAUUUUUAGUUUGUUUCUAGUAUAAGCAUCUGAGAUAAUAUCAUGCCCUUGGGUAGUGCCCAUGAAGAAUGGACUGACAAUUUGCUUCCAAAAAACUCAACCAUUAAAAUGUCUACAGAAUUCUACUCUAACACAUGUGGAUCUCUCUUUGAGCCAGAGUUAACUCAGGAACAAUGGGUUUGAUUUUUAUGCAACAUUUCAGGUAUACCUCCAUUUGCUAUAUAAAGCAUUAUUGUGCAUAUGUAUAAAACUCACCUUGUUUACAUUACAGUAUCUUUUGGAUCUAGAA